UAACAUUCCUCAUUGUUGGAAGGUUAGGGUUUGAUUCGUCUUCCAUAGAAGAUGGCUAGAACAAUGAUUCGAAGAGCUUCAGAGGACCAAAAACCGACAUAUGUUAAUGGGUCUGGAUAUUUUACUAUGGAAAUACAUCAUGGAGGAUUCUUUACUUUUAUACCUGAUAGGUUCUACAUGGGUAGUAAAAUUGAUUACUAUGAUUUCUGUGAUCCUGAUCUUCUGUCAUUGUUAGACAUUAAAGAUAAAGCAAAAGAUGACUUAGGAUACCCUGAUGAAGAACAAGUUAACUAUUAUUGGUGCAAACCUGGGAGCUCUCUUAAUCUUGGAAUCAAAAAGCUAAACAAUGAUAAAGAUGUGUGUGAGAUGGCUUUACAUGCUUCCAAGACUACGAGAGUUGCAUUGUACAUGGAACCCAUGAUUGUAACAGUAGAAACGAGUCAAACAAUAUUAAAUGACAUGUUUAGAAUGUUUGAUGAUACUGAGCAAACAAUACCCAAGAAAUUGAAUGAUGAUGGGAGACAAGGUGAGCAACAAACCCUUUCUAAUACGAUUUGUAAGGAGUUAGAUGUUGGUAGCAGCGAACAACAGACUGUUGAUACAAAAACUAUUUUGGAUGAGCUGAAUAAUGAUAGCAAUCGACAACAUCCAGAUGAUCAUGUUAUUGCAGAGGAGUUGGAUAAUAGGGAUGAAGAGAUGGAUGAUGGUGAAAAGGACCAUGCUAAUAGGUCUGAUGAUGAAAGUGAUAGUUUAUUUAUAGAAAGUGACUAUGACUUAACAGAUGAUGAUGAAUUGUUUGACAAAAAUGUUGAUACUCAUGUAGAAGUGGGUGUAAGAACUAAAACAUCAACAACAAUUGAUGAUGUUCCUAAAGAUAGCAACUCUGACACUGAUUAUGAACUGUCAGAUGAAUUACAUAGUUUGGAUGAUAGUUCUGAAGAUGAUCUUGUGAUGCGAAGAAGGUAUCCUGAGUUUAGAGCUGAAACUGAUAUGCAAAAUCCACAAUUUGGGAUUGGGAUGCUCUUUGCUUCCAUGAAAGAAUUCAGGCAGGCUAUAAGGGAGUAUAGCAUCAAGAAUAGAUACAAUAUUAAGCUGGUGAAGAAUGAAAAAGACAAAGUUAGAGCAGUUUGUAAGGAGGGAUGUCCAUGGCUUAUUUAUGCUUCAUGGAUUACUGAUAAGAAAACUGUACAAGUCAAGAGAUAUGACUCCGAGCACAAAUGUUUUAAGAACUUCAAAAACAAAUUUGUAACUUCUUCAUGGCUUGCAAAAAAAUAUAUAGACAGAUUUAGGAAUAAUCCUAAGUGGCCAUUGACAGCAUUUGGAGAAUGUGUGACAGCAGAUAUUCAUGUAAGUGUAUCUCGGACAAAGUUGUAUAGGGCAAAAAGAAAGGCCCUGCGAUUGAUUGAGGGUAGUGAAGCAGAACAAUAUGCUACUUUAUGGGAUUAUGCCACAGAGGUCAAGAAGAGUAAUCCUGGCUCAACUUUUUUGAUUAAAUGUGACAAUCUUCAGUUUAAGAUGUUGUAUGUUUGCUUAGAUGCAUGCAAGAGAGGAUUUUUGGCUGGGUGCAGACCUAUAAUCAGUUUGGAUGGAUGUUUUUUGAAGGCGCAACAUGGAGGACAACUACUUGCUGCAGUAGGGGUAGAUGCCAAUGAUUGUAUAUUUCCGAUAGCCUAUGCAGUUGUGGAUGUUGAAUCAACAGCAUCUUGGGCAUGGUUUUUAAGCCAUUUGCUACAGGAUUUGCAGAUACAGAAUUCUGCAGCUUGGACAUUUAUGAGUGACAAACAAAAGGGCCUUAUUGAAGCUUUGGAGGAUCUUGUUCCAGAUGCUGAGCACAGAUUUUGUGUGCGACACCUAUACUCCAAUUUCCAGAACUCUUACAAAGGGAAGCUUUUGAAAGAUUAUUUGUGGGCAGCUGCAAGAGCUAGUUAUGUAGCUAAAUUUGAGCACUGGAUGGGCCUAAUUAAAGAAACUGAUGCUGUAGCAUAUGAGUGGUUAGCUGACAAGCCUCCACAGCAAUGGUCAAGGUCUCAUUUUCGUGAAUUUCCUAAAUGUGAUAUGCUACUUAAUAACAUGUGUGAAUGUUUCAAUAGAUAUAUUUUAGAAGCUAGGGCGAAGCCUAUAUUGUCCAUGCUGGAAGCUAUUAGAUGCAAAUUGAUGAAUAGACUGUAUAUAAAGAUGGAGGCCGCUGAGAAGUAUAAUGGAAGCAUUUGUCCAAAGAUUAUAAAAAAGUUUGAGAAGUUGAAAGAGCAAUCAGCUGUUUGCUGGCCUCAACCUGCAGGAUCUGGAAAAUUUCAAGUUGGUUCAAGUCAUGGGCAAUUUGUAGUGGAUCUAAUCCAAAAGACCUGUAGCUGUAGGAGGUGGGAUUUGACAGGACUCCCUUGUCCACAUGCUAUAUCGGCCAUGCUACAUGAGAAUUUGAGACCAGAAGACUAUGUGCAUGAUUGCUACAGCAUAGAAACAUAUAAAAAAUGUUAUGCGCAUCUUAUAAAACCCAUUAAUGGCCAAGACAUGUGGACAAAGACAGGACAAGAGCCUAUUCAGCCUCCUGAUAAUAAAAAGAGGCCAGGAAGGCCUAAGAUGGCAAGAAAAAAGUCGGCUAGUGAGUUGCAAACUUCGAACAAGUUAGGAAGGCAUGGGGUCAGGAUGACUUGCACAAAAUGUGGGGAAAAAGGUCACAAUAAAGCUACUUGCGACAGAAGAUCUAGGGCAGGUGUGAGACCAUUAGUACCAAAACUACCUGUUAGGAGGAAUAGAGCAGAGUUCGAGACCACUAAUGAGGCUACGCCAACACCCACACCCGCACAAAAUAUGAGGUCACAUUUCAUUGUUAGAUGGAUGCCAGAUGGAACUACACAAACUCAAGCUGCAACUCAACCAAAUCCACCUUCUAUUCCAGAGUCAGACUUCAUUAGAAGAUGCCAAUCACAGGCACCCAGUAGAGGACCAACAACUAGACUACAACACCUCCUACAAAGUAAGAAGUGCAAAGGAAAAGGCAAGCUGCUGAAUAGACAAGCUGCUGAAUAG